AAGCCAAAGAGAAUUGCCUGGACAAAUUUAGAAAGAGCAAAUAAAUAUGUAUGUAGAAACUUGGUUUGGGAAGGGUACUUAAAGGGAUUCUUUAAUAAAUGAUUGUCUCUGGAGAGUAUGGAGGGAUUAGAGGGGAAACUUUUGCUUUUUAAAUAUUUUAAUUUUUCGCUUUCACUUUUAAAUGAGAUUUUGUCUCGUGUUUAUAUGUUAAUGUAGCAAAAAAGUAACUAAAUUAAAAAUUAAGUAAACUUUUAUUUGAUGCGAUAACUUUUCCUCUAAUAAUCAAAUUAAGAAAGUUGGGAAUACAUAGAAAAGUAUGUAAAAUAAAAGGAGAAAAAUAAUUACUAGAAAAAGGUCAGAGGGGGAUAAGGCUCUGGAAUUAGGGUAAUCCUGAAGAGACUGCUGGGUAACCUCAGUGAAAGGAGAGAGCCUGAAUAGGUCAGUGCAGGAUAGGUCCAAUUAAGACGUAUUUCAAAGGAAAGAUUUUGAAUAUUGAUUGGAUGCGGAAAGUGGGUAAGGGAAGAAUCCAGGAUGACUCCUAGGUUUCUAUUUCUGGUGGUACCACCAGUUGAGACAGAAUACAGGAGGAUAAGCAGGCUUGGCAUGGAGAGAUGAUGGGCUCAGUAAGGUGAUAGUAGAAAAUGUGAAAUGCAGGAGGAGUAGUUUGGGGCCGAAGAUGAGUUUAGUUGUGUUAGUUAAAGAGGAGGUGAUGUAGACAACCCAAAAGUCGGGGAAAGUGUGGGCUAGAAAGAGGUCUGGGUAGUAGUACCUGAAACCUCAGAUGUGGUUGAAAUUUCCUAGGGAGAGUGUAUAGAACGGAUUAGGAGAGGUUUAAGGAUGGAACUAUGCAUAUCACAUUUUAUAAGUUGGGAGAAGCAAAGGACCCAACCCAUAAAAGAGCCAAGGCGGAGAGGUGGCAAAACCAGAUGACAGAGGGCACUUCCAGAAGUCGUGGGAGGAGACAAGUUUUGUGAAGCGAGAACCUCAAAUGGUCAGGUACUGAUGAUGUUGUAGGUCCCGAAGGCAUGGAGAAAUUUUGUGAAGACAUUGGUGUUGAACCAGAAAAUGUAGUUAUGCUUGUCCUAGCUUGGAAAUUGGAUGCACAAAAUAUGGGUUAUUUUACUCUACAGGAAUGGUUAAAAGGAAUGACUUCUCUACAAUGUGACACAACAGAAAAACUCAGAAAUACUUUGGAUUACUUAAGAUCAUUAUUAAAUGAUUCUACAAACUUUAAGCUUAUUUACAGAUAUGCGUUUGACUUUGCACGGGAAAAGGACCAGCGCAGCCUAGACAUUAACACUGCCAAGUGCAUGUUGGGACUGUUAUUAGGAAAAAUCUGGCCCCUUUUUCCAGUUUUUCACCAAUUCUUAGAGCAAUCAAAAUAUAAAGUUAUUAACAAAGACCAGUGGUGCAAUGUGCUAGAGUUUAGCAGAACAAUUAACCUUGACCUCAGCAACUACGACGAAGAUGGCGCAUGGCCAGUUUUGUUGGACGAGUUUGUGGAAUGGUAUAAAGACAAGCAGAUGUCCUAGGACUGUAUGCAUAGCAGCGCGAGAGUCACUGUUACCACAGUUAUGUCAACCAUUAGCCAUAAAUUGCUGUUUGUAUCAAAGCGCAUGCUGCUUUUCUUGCACUGUCUCCCUUUUGCAGGGACGUUUUUGGUGUUUGCUAUUGAAUGGGCCAGCUCUGCCUGCUGUGUAGCAUUAUUCUCUUGGAAGGCUGCUUUUGCAGUUUGUAUUUACACUACAGAUUGGUGAAUUUGCCAACGUCCUCACUGUGAUUAUGUGUAUAUUGCUGUUUAAAUUUUGUAUAUGUGUAUAAAAAGAAAAAGCUUCACCUAGAGAUUAUUUCUGCAAAAAUGUAUUGUAAAAAUAAUUUUUGUGGCAUAUUUCUAGUCCCUUUUUUCAAAUGAACCAAUUAUACUUUACUUGGUCUCAAAUGUAGCAUUUCAAAAAACAGAAGAAUUUUACCAUAAGUAAAUGUUGCCAGAAUUCACCUUAUUGUUCAAGAGGCCAACUUUUGGAAGGAGGUGGGAGUUCUAACUUUGCAGAGGCAUAUGCCAAAUGUAAUUGGUUUACCUGGAUAUUAGCAUUUUUAAAUGAUGAAACUAUAAUUAUUUGAACAUGUCACCAGUCAUUUCCACCAUGCAAGGUAUAGGUUUUUCUUUUCUAAUGUUAAAAAGCUGUAGUACUUUGAAUAUAGGUACAAAUGAAUAAAUUAACAUUGCACCUUUUCUUUAAAAUAGAAUAGUUCUGAACUCUUGUAAACUUGCUUUAGCAGAUUUUUCUUUCUCUUUUGCAUUCUUCUUGGCAGUGUUUGGUCUGCUGAUGCUUUCUAUGCCAUUCUAAGUGAAGCUGGUUUUGCCUCCUCCAUGGAAACCCAGUGGUUUACUGGCAUUUGAUAAUUGCAGAGCAGUUUUAGUUGUGGCUUGAAUUUUUAGUUAAGCUUUCAUGAUGUCUAAUUUUCUAGUUUUUUUGAAAAAGAACUCUAUUAUAAGUGAGAGGGGUUUUGUUUCCCUUUUUGUUUCUUUCAUGCUAGGCUUUUCCUGGCAGAAUGUCCAUUGCAGGCAGUGGAUAGGAAACCACCAGCAUUGCGCUAACUGUUACACGGUAGGACCUUCCCCGGAGAGGCCGCUCGUUACCUGGGUCAUUUGUACAGAAAGGUGAUAGCCAUUAUUUAUGUGGAUGAGGAACUUGUAAACAGGACGGAACUUUUAGGUUUUUGUUUUAUGUUUUUUAUUUCCCUCCCCUUGCCUUACCCUUUAGGAACUGUGUAGAUAACAUGUUUUCCCCUCAACUAUCUGGUGCUAUUGAAUGACUAAUUUAGUCCCUAAAGUUUUGUGAAAACAAAAAAAGUCUGAUGAUUUAAACCAAGUAAAAAGCUAAUGGUGCAUUUGAACCGGUGUGAGCAAGAUUCAUGAUUGAACAUGUCAUGAUUGGAAGAGGCUUGGAUUAUUUCAAAAUCUGGCUGAAAAAAUCUUUUGGAUUAAAUGUGAACCUUUAAAUGGCAUUCAAUGAGAGAAGCACACAGACAAUGCUACUCUUAACCACUAUUUCACAGUUUCUUUGCAAACAGUGUUCAGAUUUUCAUAUUAUUUUUUUCUCUAACUGAACCACCAAAGACAGAAAUUUGUAUGUAUAUACAGUGUGUGCACAUACACAAAAUCAUGAUCUGGUAGAAUUCUUUUUUCUACCAAUUAGAAAGGUUUGGUUUGCUGUGAAAUAAACCAGAAGUUUGAAAAUCCCUGUAGUGAUUAAGCAUACUUAACCAUUCCUUGUUUAGGAAUUGUGGAGUCACUUCUACCUUAUAAAUUCAUACCAGUUUGCACAAAUUCAUACCUGGAAAGAAUUGGAGAUGUUGAUGGCAAGCACAGCUCAUGAGACCAAUGUGAUGAAAGGGGCUCCGUUCCGAUGGUGUCAUUCCAGUGGCAAUUGGCCGUAGGUUCAGCUCUGUGGAGAACUUGAUUCAUUUUCAGAGGUAUCCCGUGAAUUAAAAAAAAACACAAAAACACUUAAAGUCAACAGUUCUUAAAUUUGUUCAAUAAAUCAGAAAUGUACAUAUAAAUAUAAAUCACAGAUAAGUAUUUUAAAAGUUAUUGUUAGAGAGUAGAGACUUUAAAACAGCGGUCGCCAACCAAUGGCCAUGGACCACUGGUGGUCCGUGAGGUCUGAAAGGUAGGCGACUGCCGUUUUAAAGCACUAAGCACAGUCAGUCCUAAAGUAAGUACAGGACUGUUACAGGGCAGGUGUUACAUUUCAUCCACAAGAACGUUUUGAUGAUGGGGGAAAUCCCAGCUAGAAACUUUCCUGAUGUAUAAUAUGAAAGUAUUCUAAAGAGAUAAUCUUGCAUAUGUAGACAAUUCCAAAUCUUUAAACUUCCUUGAAAAAUAAAUCUCUUUGGCCCUUGGUUUCCUUGGCUUUAUGCAGUUAUUUUAAGGGGAGGAAAAGGGGUCAGCCAGUAUAAUAAGGUACCUUUUCUUAAAAGCAUCCCUAAGUUACAUAAAAUUGAGCAGUCAUCAAACACUUACUUACUGGCUAAUGUUAAAUAAAUUAGGGUGCCUUCUGGUUUUUCUUUAUCACCCAGUCCACAUCCUUUCUCUCUCUCCACUGUUUUGACCUCCACCUUGCAAUAGUAUGUUGUGACGGACACUACAACUUCUAGAUGUUUACUGUUGCACUAGGUCAGAAAGCUUAUUAUUUGAUUUGCCAUAAACACUCACUGUAAAGUUCCCUGCAGCUCUUCUGAAGCAUGAACUCUGAAUUAAGUUUUUUCUAAAUCCGACUAGAUAAACCUUCUGGUUUAGCAACAGGUUUCUGUUGCCUCUCAGUCUCCUUUUAAUAGUGCUUUUGAGGUUUAUACGGAAAGCUUUAAAAGUUUGUUUGUGCCCUUGGUUUUUAAUCUUACAACUGCUAAAAUACCUCUGUAAGCCUUAUCUUUUAUUCUUUCAUAUGUUAUGUUGUAUAAUAAAUGUAUAGAAUUCAUUGACCAACUAAAAUGUUGGGUGUCUGUAAAUGAGACCAAAACGUGGGUUGCUUUUUUUCAUGAAAUAAUUUCUAUAAUUUCUCUUGGGGGCUACUGUUAAAGGAACAGCAGCUAACCUAUAACUGUGAAUGCUUCGUGUCGUCAGUAUUUGCAUUACAUUCAUAAACGUGUGCAAGUCCUGUGACUCCCAGCUUAACUCAGAUACUGUUAUGCCACCUGACUUGAGUACAGCAAACUGGUUUUAGGUUUUAAUGGAGUUGAUGUAAAAUGAUAUCUCUGAAAUAAAAAGUAUUUGUGUUUGGUUUCAGAA